ACAAACCCAAACCAAAAGACAGGGUGGUUACCACUCUACAAAUCGUGUGAUAAACACAAUAAUAUCUCCGCCCAAACACCACACCUUUGUUCCACCACCAUCUCUCCAUGGCGAGCCUAUGGCGAGCCGUGAUGGGCGACACACCACCCAACCCAGACGACUACGACAACAUCGAGUACUGGUCCAACCCAGAGCGCACCGGCUGGCUCACCAAACAAGGCGAGUACAUCAAAACUUGGCGUCGCCGCUGGUUCGUUCUCAAACAGGGCAAACUCUUCUGGUUCAAGGAGUCUAUUGUCACCCGCGGAUCCAAGCCACGUGGCGUUGUUCCAGUGGCUACCUGUCUAACUGUCAAAGGGGCUGAAGAUGUUAUCAAUAAAGAGUUUGCGUUUGAGUUGUCUACUCGAUCUGAUACUAUGUAUUUUAUUGCCGAUUCUGAGAAGGAGAAGGAGGAUUGGAUUAAUUCAAUCGGACGGUCAAUCGUUCAGCACUCGAGGUCUGUUACUGUUAAUGAGAUCGUUGAUUAUGAUAAUAAUAAAUAAAUUUGUUGAUUUCUGUUUUUUUUUUUGUGUGUAAAAUUAGGUACUGUGUGAUGCUUGUUUUGUUUAAUUAUGAAUCAAAUUGUUGUUCAUGUGGUUUGGUGAUUAUAAUUGUGAUGAUUUUGAGUGUUUUGUUGGAUUA